CACACUUUAUGUUUCUAAAGUGGCGGGACAAUUGGCUUCAUGUUUCGUUUUAUUGCGUUUGGAAGUUAAAAUGCCAGUAUGGCCUCCAUUGACGAGGGCUCGCGCGUUGAGCGGAGAUUCUGCGCACUCGGCAGCCACACGCUGCGGAAGCCGUACCGUCAACUGAACAACAAAUAUUUGGUGCGCUUCGCCUGUCUGCUGAACAGCGAGAUUCGGGUGGGCAACCUCAUCUGCUGCAAGUGCUACACGGACCUGGUGCGACUAUAUCGGAAGAAGAACGACAAUGCCAAACGGCACAAGAUGGCCAGGGAGACUGCCGCGAGCAUUACGGACGUAAGCGGCAGUCAGUCGUCGUCGCACCAAAGGUCCACUUCGUCUGCGUCCUCUUUGCGGGAAUUGCAGGCUUCUAGCCAAAGUUCCGAGUUCGGUGCCUCUUACAGUGAGGGCAUUGUGACUGCCGAUGACGCGCUGUGCUCCCAGAGAAGCUUAAGUCACGAUUCAGACAACGUACCCACUACCAGCGCUGCAGCGAUCCAAAAACGCCAGCUUGCGAGGGCAAACGUAAUGGGGAAACCGUCGCAGAGGGUGAGCUUUGCCCAGACUACUUCGGAUAGCGAUGACUACGACCCCAAUUCGAAUCUUAGUUUGAACGCCGUGAAUGGCACUCGACUGCCCCACAUUCAGCCGAUUCCAAAGAGGCGUCCGACCGUCCUGGACAAGCCGUCCAUGGAUAUUUACUUGAUGGGAACCACAGGUGGUUAGUCGAUUUUUUAAGUUGUGACAAGAUAUGUUGAUGCUAGUUUCUAAGUUUCAUUUAAUUAGAUAUUUUUGUAUGCUGUAAUAAAGAAAGACACAGAUGUUAGUUUGGCAGGAGCCACUGAAAGAUGA